CCUCCACUCCACCCUACGCCUCCCCGCCCCGGGCAGCGCCUCCGCCUCUAGGCCGCGCCCCCGCGCGGGGCCUGCGCCGCGGUCCGGCAGGCGGCGGGUGCGCCAUGGGCAGCGGCAGCAGCCGGAGCGGCCGGGUCCUGAAGCGGCGGCGCAGCCCGGAGAGCCGCUCGGCCGGGCCCUGCACUACAGCCCCGGAAGGCGCGAUGGGGCCGCGAGUGUCGGCGACGGCAGUGGCGCCGACCCAGGCCCGGGGAGCAGCAGGGGCGGCGACCGAGGAGGUGCCUGCGGCGCCCCCCGACGGCAGGGACGAGACCCUGCGCCUGCUGGACCAGCUGCUGGCCGAGUCGGCGGCCUGGGACCAGGGAAAGCCGGCCCAGUGCGCCCCAGUCCGGCCCCGACCCCGCCCCGCCGCGGGCGCGGAGAGUGCGGAAUCCCCAGAACAGAGUGCAGGAGGCCACACAGGGAACAGCAGUGUCUCCAAAGCCCCCAGCAGCAGUCACAAGAGGCCUGAGAGGCAGUCGCCCAUCUCCUACGACUACUCAGAAGAGGAGCUGAUGGCCAGCAUUGAGCGGGAGUACUGCCGCUGAGGCCGGCUCCCCUGCCUGCCCGGGCUCGAGCUGAGCCACCUCCAAAAUGUAGCUGCUCCUGGAUCUUUCAAAACUGACCUUUUCAGUUAUAUUCAGACAGUGUUAUGGGUGGCUGCUGGUGACAGGCAGGCAGCCACACAGCCCCAAGACCCAGGGCAGGCCUGGGUGCUAGUUCAUAGGGGUGUGGGCCCAGGCCACCUACUCUCUAGUCUCGGGGCUGUCUGUAGGGCUCUUCUGGUUUCCACAGUGGGGAAGCCUCAUAAGGCUUGGGUGACACAAGUGAACCCCUCAAGGUGUGUAUCCGAUAGGUUCUGCUGUGGAAGGAGCACCAAGCUGUGCCCUCAGUCUCACCCCUACUCCCUAGCCCGAUGCUUCUGAAUUGUAACUGGCACGAUUGCCCCAGGGUUGUUAAAAUGCAGGUCCUACUUCUCUAGGUCCUGGGGGGGGCCCGAGGUUCUGCAUUUCUGACCAGCUGCCAGGCCAUGCCAAGCUGCUGGAGCCCCUGCUGCACUUUGAGGAGCCAGGGAUCUUGACCCCCAGCUUCAGACCUUCUCUGGCACUUCCUUUCGGCAUGGGAGGUGACUGAUUCUAAGCCUGAGCUGGGCGAUACAGACCCUGGCUCUAAUCCUGGCCUUGCAAGUGGGUUGUAGAGCUUGUCACCUUCCCUCUCUAACCUUCAGUUUCCCUCUCUGGAAAAUGAGUUCUGGAGGUUCUUUGAGGCCCUCCACAGUUCUAACAAUAAUCUGAGGUUACACAAGUUCAGGCUGUCACUGUUGUUCCCCAAUGGCCCUGAGGCACAGCAGGUCGUGAGCACCCAGGCCCCACAUGGAAGGGCCUUUCUGCCACCUGCUCUCUACUUCUCCUUCCAGCAGCCAGCCUGACUAGGGCUGUGGGACUUCUUAAUUCUCUUCCUGCUGGGUGGGGUUGGAAGAGCCCUAGAAUGUUCACAGUUGACAGAGGAAAAAACUGAGUUGCCCAGGGAGCCCUUGAAUGCAAGGCAGAGCCCCUGCUGGAAGGGGGACUUGGCUGUGGGCAGGCAGGGAUGAGCUGGUGCUCAGCUGGAGCUUGCUCAGGGGAAACACUGGGUAGACAGGUGGUGGGGAGCACCCCACAGAAAGGCUGGGAGGCAGGCUCCUCCAGAGCAUCUGGCAAGGAUGUCAAGUCUAUAGGGGGACCAGGAAACAACAGCAGCGUUUGCUGAAGUCAGAACAGAACAGUCCCUGGCUUAUCUUGCAUUUACCUGCCAAGGUUUCCUGAGAAGAACUCCAGCUCACAUGUCCUCAGAACACCGCAUCUUAGGAACCAGGGGACAACUGUCCCCAGACACACAGGCCUGCUGAAUCAUCCACGAGCUUUCUCAUGAACUUUUAAUUGACAGGUGUGCCUUAGGCCAGCUGUUUGCAGCUGGAAGACUUUUACUGCAUGUUAAGAGUGUGAAUAGCCCCCCUGAGGGGCUGGCACAGAACCUCCCCAAAGGAGGGGUCUGGGGGGACUGUUUCUCAUCUCAGCCCAAACCUUUCCUUUUGAUAUAAAGACGAAAGUCAAUACUAUUUUAAUAAUAAUAUAAACACUUCUUUUAAAGUAAGAGUUAAAUUUUUAUUUAUUGCUUACCACCUGAUGGAUCCGGCUUUGAAUUUAAUGAUGUAAAUGUUUAUAAUUUUAUGUCAUUAUUUUGUUAAAAUGGAAAUGUUCAGCUAGUUUCCAAGAAAGAGAUGAUACCUCUCCAUUUUCCAGUGGGAAACCCAUAAAGCCCUUAAUGAGAGCGAAGUGUUAGGAAUAAAGUGAUCCUGAGUAUUAUAGGCCACGACUCUAUGUCAACGUCAAAGUGAAAGCACUUCGUCAAAACUAAGAAGUCACAGCAGUUUUUCUCAGGUCUUUUUAUUUCUUGAGUGCAAGAAAAGUAUCAUCUGAACAGGAGCUGCCAAAUGAAGUGCUGGGUCCCAGUCCUGGGAGAUGGAGGGACUGGGCCUGGAGGCAGCAGGGAUGGGCGCCAUGCAGCCCAGGAGACAUACUUGAGGUUCCUUAAGACUUUCCAGACAAUAACAUACAUCAUUUUCAACUUUGAGAUGCUUUUCUUUCUGCCUCUGUUUCAGCCAAUUCCUACACUUGAGUGAGCAGAUCCCACACUCGGCUCUAGGGCAGGCUGCUUAGCCUCGGAGGCUAUGUCAGGCACAGUGGAGAUGACUGCUCGGCACCCAGCAGACCAGUGGUUCUCAACCUUACUAAUGCCGCGGCCCUUUAAUACAGUUCCUGUGGGUUGCGACCCACAGGUUGAGAACCGCUGCAGUAGGUGCUCAGCACAGAUUUUAAUCAUGUAGGGUCGCCCUUUGAUAAAGAAGAUGAUUCCAGUCUCAGAGAAGGGACACCUGCUCACGGGGCACACAACUUGCCUGCAGUCUGAAGGUGUCCCAUCCCACCAGCCUGUGUUCCCUGCGGGGUCUCCAGGAUUCUCUGCUGUCACUGUCUCUUCAGUACUCUGUCCUGCCAACUCCCUACACCACAGCCCAAACCUGGAAACUCAAGGCAGCAAAAGGGCUGCCCCAGGGGCCACCCCACUUACUGCCUAUCUCUCAGGGUCACUCUUUCAUUCCUAAUGUCAAAAAGAGAACUCUUUUCAUGUCUUUCAUCAGGGUUCUUCUCUCCCCUCUCACUAUCUGAGUGUGUCAAUCCCAUCCCCAUUACUCCAUCUGGGGCAGAAGUGGGGUCAUGUUAUUACCAUUACCUCGGUGUUCAGCCUAUCAGAAGCUGGGCAGGGGCAGCCCCUUGAGUGGACUUCUCUGCAGCGAAGCACUGCCCUGGCUCUCUGGAAGGCAUCCAGAAACACAGGAAUAUUCUAAGGCCAUUCUGAUAAUGUCUGCCCCCAAUGGCUGCCCUGCAGAGCCCUGGUUCCUUUUAAUGGAAAAUAAUUAAGACUUCUACAUCCAGAAUAAAGUGCCCAACACUGAGGUAGGCAUGGUACCUGCUGUCUCUCCUCAGUCCUAAUUUUGUAAACAAUAAACUAAAGCCUAGAAAGGCAAAAUCCCUUUCUCAGCAACUGACAAUGAGGCACAUGGUGUCCGCACCAGACCUCUCAUUCCAAAGCAACACUCUGUGGAGGUGGCCUCUGCGUAGGAGGAAGAUUGCUGUCCGUCCACGCUGGCACUGCCCGUGGCCUGGCUCUGUGGCAUGUGUGUGCUGGAGGACCAGGGCUGCCUCAUCGCUACCUUCUCCUCUUUCACAUCCAGACAUCAUAGCCUCUGCCGCUCACAAUCGAUUUCUUAUCAUCCUUCCUUCAUGCUCUCUUGGACUUUCAUCUCCUGACCUGCCCAGCCUCACCCCUCCAGCUCUUACAGCCAGAGCAGUAUGACCAACACAUGCUUUCCAUGUGUUGAACACACAGAUAGCAUGCCUCCUGAGCCUCCCAAGGUGCUGGGCCGUGGAGACACAGACAAGCCCCGGGGAAGGGCUCCCAUCCUGUCCUCAUGGAACUUCAGUCUAUGAGACACAAAGGCACACAGACAGGGGCGAUCACCUGUGCCAGCUGCCGUGAAAGGUGUCUGGGCUGUCUGGCAGGAGAGGUGGCCAGAUGCUGGGAAUUCUGGAAAAAGGGAAGAGGGGCAAAGGCCCAAGGCUUAAAUGGCACAGGUCCACAUCCCUCCCCAAGUUCCCACAGGCAUUCAGGUGAGUGUGGUGGGGGUGGGGGCUGCUUCCUCUCUCCUGCCCUGGGGGACUCUCAGUUUAACUCAGUGGCCCUUCAGGAGAGACUGUCCCCAGCCCGCCCCUCUCCACCUCCCUGGGUCUGCACCUGGUGUCUAUGUUGACAUCUUUGUUCUGCAGGUGCUGCUGUUCUAGUCCUAGGUUUUGAAAACUCUCCCUUGACCUUCAAGGCACAGUCAUCCGCAGACUUUUCUGGUGACACGGGCAGAACUAGCCACUCACCAUUUGGUGCUGCCCGGCCCCGCUCCCAUGUCUGCUGUCCUGUCCUGACUCUGGAUAGUCAUCGUGUGUUUUCAUCAUCUGCCUCCCCACAUGGUUAUGAGCUCUUUGGGGGCAAGUACUGGGACAGUUCAUCUUUGGAUUUCAUUAAAUGCUUGUUGGAUGGGUGGCUGGCUGGGUGGAUGUGAUAUGCUCCCUGUGGUGGAGGAGCUGACAUACAUCUUAGCAGAUAAAUGAGAUUUGCAAUAAACUAAGCU